CACUCGAGGAGAGAGCGUGAAUUGGGGGGAUUAUCGUUAAUCCAUGGCGGCUCCGUCGCCGUCUUCCCCACCAAGUCUUCUCUCUCCUCCGCAUUUUCGAUCUGACAAAGCUUCUUUCUUUCUCAGAAAUUGUUCAAAUUUCUCUCAGUUGAAACAGAUUCACGCUAAAAUCAUCCGAUACAAUCUCACCAACGAUCAGCUACUUGUCCGUCAGCUCAUCAGUGUUUCUUCUUCCUUGGGAGAGACCCGAUACGCUUCUCUCGUCUUCAGUCAACUUCAGUCUCCCUCUACUUUUACUUGGAACCUUAUGAUCAGAUCUCUCUCUGUCAAUGACAAGCCUCGUGAAGCUCUCCUUCUCUUUAUCCUCAUGCUCUCUCAUCAAUCCCAGCUUGACAAAUUCACUUUCCCUUUCGUUAUCAAAGCUUGUCUCGCGUCUUCAUCUCUUCGUCUAGGCACCCAAGUCCAUGGCUUAGCCAUCAAGUCCGGGUUUUUCUCGGAUGUGUUCUUCCAAAACACUCUCAUGGAUCUCUACUUAAAGUGUGGAAAACCAGAUUGUGGCCGUAAAGUGUUCGAUAAAAUGCCUGGACGAACCAUUGUUUCAUGGACUACUAUGCUCUAUGGUCUUGUCUCCAAUUCGCAAUUAGAUUCUGCAGAAAUCAUAUUCAACCAAAUGCCAACCAGAAACGUUGUCUCAUGGACUGCAAUGAUCACUGCUUACGUCAAGAACUGUAGACCCGACGAGGCGUUUCAGCUCUUCAGGAGAAUGCAAGUUGAUGAAGUCAAGCCCAAUGAGUUUACAAUAGUUAGUAUGUUGCAGGCCUCUACUCAGCUAGGAAGCUUGUCUAUGGGAAGAUGGGUUCAUGACUAUGCUCACAAAAACGGUUUCCCACUUGAUUGUUUCCUUGGAACCGCUCUGAUCGAUAUGUACAGCAAAUGUGGAAGCUUGCAGGACGCAUGGAAAGUCUUUGAUGCAAUGCAAAGUAAGAGUUUAGCGACUUGGAAUUCGAUGAUCACUAGCUUGGGAGUACAUGGUUGUGGAGAAGAAGCUUUAGAUCUGUAUGAUCAGAUGGAAGAAGCAGGCGUAGAACCAGAUGCCAUCACUUUUGUCGGUGUCUUAUCUGCUUGUGCAAACAUCGGAAAUGUAAAAGACGGUUUGAGGUACUUCGUACGCAUGAUCCAUGUUUAUAGUAUCAAUCCUAUUCAAGAACAUAAUGCCUGUAUGAUCCAACUGUUGGAGCAAGCCCGGGAACGGGAAGUGGAUAAAGUUUCGAACUUGGUUGAUUUUAUGUAUUCUGAUCCAAACACCAAUACUUCGUUUGAAGCCGAAAGCAGGGACAGAGUGGAUGAAAGGCACGAAACGUGGAGCCAGCAUCACAUUAUGUUCUCCAAGUGGGAUGCAGGCUGAUUUUGAAGGUUCAGUGUCUUUUUGACAUAUAAUUUUUUCCUCUAUUAAACAGAUUCAUAUGUAAUCUUUGUAACUAUACAAGAAAAGCUCCCGGAAAAGUAGUGCAAUGUCAUUUAACUGUAAAAGGAAUGGAGUAUCGAUUUG